AUGGCAGAUCCUGAUUUGGGAGAAAUGCUUAAUAGCAAAAAACCAAUUGUACUAUUAAACGAUGCAUAUUGGGAACCAAAAGUAAAAGAAUGGGUGCCUAAUUUAAAGAUAGAUGAAUUAGAUGAAGAACAGAAAAAUAUCAUUGAACAAAAAUUAUUCGUUGUUGUUCUAACCCCAAGUAACAUAUCUAGAUGUGCAACAUGUGGAAGAACAAUAACAAAGGGCACGUAUAGAUUAGGUGUACCCGAAUAUGAUAGAAGAGGAAUGUAUGGGAUAAUAAAUAGAUGGAAUCAUAUUAAUCCUUGUUCACAAAAAUAUCUUAAAAAAGCAAUUCAAGGCUAUGAAUUCAGUUUGGAUGAAAUUGAGGAGAGAAUUUCAGAAGUUAUUUCUGGCUGGAGUUGUUUACCUAUUGGAAUAAGAGACGAAUUUCUUGAUUUGUGCACAAAAGAAGUUAUUGCAGAUUCUAAUGAAUUUAGCAUUGAAAAUUCGGAUGAUCUUAUUAGUCGUUCUAUUGUAGAAGUAAAACCCACCCCCAUAAACCUUACAUAUGAAUUAUUACAAUUUCAAAAAGAAGGCUUAGCAUGGCUCUGUAACCAAGAAAAAUCAAUUGCGAGAGGAGGUAUUUUAGCUGAUGAAAUGGGUAUGGGAAAGACUAUUCAGACGAUAUCUUUGAUUUUAGAACAUGAUAUCCCUCCAAUUACUAAUAAAAUAGAAAAGGGAGAAAUCAUAGGAAAAAAUUUGGUAAUCGCUCCUGUUGCAGCAGUACUACAAUGGAAACAGGAAAUUGAAAGAUUUACCAAACCUGGUUCUUUAAAAGUUCAUGUUUACCAUGGCUCAAAAAGAAAUAAGAAUCAUGGGAGUAAAGGAACAAAACAAGAUUAUGGUGGAGUUGACAUUGAUGAUGCUGAUGUAGUAAUUACAACUUAUCCCACAUUAGAGGCUGAGUACAGAAAGAUUGUAUCAGCUUUCAAAUCUAAAUGCUCUUAUUGUGGUAGGUCAUUUUUGAAAAGAAAUCUAAAAAUUCAUCUUAAAUACUUUUGUGGUCCAAAUUCUAUGAGAACGGCAAAACAAGCUCUUACUGAAAGAAAAAAUGAGGGUUUAAAAAAAGCCAUGAGAACUUUGAAAAUUGGAUUAGAGGAAGGCGUUGAUAAGGCAAAGCAGCUGGAAGACAUUGCUCGAAGCUUACCAACAAUUUCUAAUGUCUAUAGGGAAAUAUUGGCCAAAGCUGAUUUACUUGAUGAUGACUCAUUAUCUUCAGCCCUGCCCUGGUUUACUUCCAGAAGAUCAAGAAACCAAAAAUUAGUUAAAGAAGAAAAUUCUGAUAACUACUUAAAGAAAACUGAUAAAAAAGAAAAAGUACAAAAGUCUGGAACAAUAAAAGAGGAAAAACCAGAAGAGAAUUUAGUGUCUUUAUUGGAAUGGGGAGGACUUAAACUUCCACUAAAAUCAGAGACAGUGAAAUCUAUUAAAGAGUUUCUUUCAAAUAUUGAAAAUAGCAAGGAAUAUUUAUCCACCAGAUUCGAUAUUAGUGUACAAAUUUUGGAUGACUUAAUUGAACUAUAUAAUAAUUGUAAAUCCAUUCGAAAGGCUGAGCUUGUGGAAAAACUAUCAAAUAUAUUAAGACUGAGUUCCCCUAACUCUGAGUCUAUUAAGGUAAAUAAUUUGGAUUUAAAUAUUAAGAAAGGCUCUAACACUACUUGCAAAAGUAAUAAAAGAGUAAAUAUGAAAACUUCAAAUUCUAAGACAAAAAAGAAAAAGUACAACGAUGAUUUUGAUGAUUACAGCAUUGAAGAGGAAUCAAUCGAUGAAUAUACUGAAGACUAUAGUGAAUCUGAAGAUGAACAAGGUUUUAACACAAAAGGUAAAAAGAAUGCAAAAAGCAAAAGAAAAAGACAGGUUGAUGACGAUGAAUAUCAAGUAGUGGAAGAAGUUGGUGAAAUUGAUGAUGAAGAAGAUGAUAAUGAGGAGGAGGAAAUUAUUCAAAAGCUAAGAAAACAUUCCGGUAUUUUUGAAAGAAGCUGGAAUCGUAUUAUUUUAGAUGAAGCACAUAGAAUUAAGGCAAGAACAACUUCCACUGCAAAGGCAAUAUUUGCCUUAAAAUCAAGAGGAACAAAAUGGUGUCUUACUGGAACCCCUCUUCAAAACAGGGUUGGCGAACUUUAUUCUCUUGUUAGAUUUAUUGGAUUCCACCCAUAUGCUUAUAAUUUUUGUCAGAAAGAAGAUUGUGAUUGUAAACAAUUAAAUUAUGUUACCCAUUCAAAAUAUUGUCCGUUUUGUGGGCAUUCAAGAUUAUCCCAUUAUUCAUAUUUCAAUAAGUUAAUUAUUAAUCCAAUUAAACGAUACGGUUUUUCAGGAGAAGGUUCUGAAGCCUUAAGAAGGCUUAAAGAAGAGGUAUUAGAUAAAGUUUUGUUAAGAAGAACAAAAGUACAACGUCAAGAAGACGUCAAACUUCCACCAUUAGAAAUUAAGGUAAUUCAUAAAGAGCUUUCUGCACCAGAAAAAGAUUUCUAUACUUCUUUGUAUCAAAGAUCUAAAGUUCAAUUUGACACAUAUGUUAAUCAAGGAACAGUUUUACAUAAUUAUGCCCACGUUUUUGAUUUGAUUAGUCGUCUUAGGCAAGCUGUUGAUCACCCAUAUCUAAUAGUUUAUGGAAAAUUUAAUCACAAAAGUGAUCUCGAAUACAAAAAAGAAUAUAAAGAAAUGGGUAAUGACGAAGAUAAAGAUAACCAAAGCAUAAAUGAUGAAGAGGAAAAAGUAGAUAUAAUCUCAAAUAAAGUCAUGCCUUCAAAAAGCAGAGCUGACAACAAUGAAGAUUUAUGUUACAUUUGUAUGGAUAAUGUUACGAUUGACCAAAGAGUUACAAGUAAAUGCAAACAUGGAUUCCAUAUUAAAUGCAUAAAAGAAUACAUUGAACAGGCUCCACAAGAAGAUGAAAUAAUUUCUGACUUUGAGACGGAAAGUAACCAACUAAUGAGAGGUGUUCUUGGGUGCCCUGUUUGCUACGUUCCUCUCACAAUAGAUCUUAAUAAGAUUUCAAACUUGGGUAUAAGAAAUAAAAGAACCAAAUCUGAUUUUAGUGAGAUUAAUGACGAAGAAAAUGAUACUAAUGACAAUAUGGAGUCUGAGCAUAUGCAAGAACAAAUUGAAAGAGAACUUGAAAGAAUUGAAAUGGCUAAACAAUUAGGUAUUAAUGUUAACGAAGAAAAUUUUAAACAGGAGCAAAAAGAAAAAAAAGAAGAUAUCUUAUCUUGUGUUAGAAAUAAAUUUAUUACUAGACAAAUUAAAACUCAAGGAUUUGAAAGUUCUACAAAAAUUGAUACACUAUUAGAAGAAGUUAAUAAAAUGAUACAAGAAGACUCUGAGGCUAAGGGUAUCGUAUUUUCUCAAUUUACAAAUAUGCUCGACCUAGUUUCCUACCGCUUAAAAAAAGCAAAUAUUGGAUGUGUCAUGCUUGCUGGCUCUAUGUCAAUCCUACAAAGAAAUAGCAUAUUGUAUUCAUUUAAUAAAUUCCCAGAUCUUAAAAUCAUCUUGAUUAGUCUCAAAGCUGGCGGUGAAGGUCUCAAUUUACAGGUUGCUAAUUACGUUUUUCUACUUGAUCCUUGGUGGAAUCCUGCCGUUGAAUUACAAGCAUUUCAAAGGGCUCAUCGAAUUGGGCAAAAGAAAAAAGUUACUGCAUUAAGAUUUAUUACAAAAGAUACUAUUGAAGAAAGAAUGUUCCAACUACAAGAAAAGAAACAACUUGUUUUUGAUGGUACUGUUGGAGCAUCUAAUAAUGCUCUUAACAAACUUAAUUCCGAUGAUCUCAAAUUUUUGUUCCAAAAUUAA